ACCCAUCUAAAUCUGGUUAGUCGCGUGAAAGCAAUCUCGAGUGAUGGGUGAUCUUGCCUCCAGCAGCAGUGUGGCGGAGCUGGCCAGAAACGUGCAUGGGGAAGAGGGGAUUCAGGUGGUGGAGACAGACGCCUCCAAAGUAGCGGCCCACCAGGAGUACGCCGAGGCCCUCUCGCUUGCGAGCAGAAAGAGCGAGAGUGCCUGGAAUCGGAGGAGGUGUCGCCCCCAGAAGGUCCUCACUGUGGCUGCCAUCCUCGUCGCCCUGAUGCUCGUCGUAGGAGCCAUCUACUUGCAUUUGAAGCAAAAACAUCAUCUGGGUCGCCUGCACUUCCAUUCCAAGAACCGCGUUGUUCAGCCGGAGCAGCUGGAGUUCGAUGGCAUCACAGUGAUCACAGAGGCCGGAGUGGCUGGCCAGACUCCAACAACAGCCACGGGAACGGGAGCAGAAGCAGGACCAACACGGCAGAUGAGCCCGGAGUGCCUCGCCUGUCUGGCUGCCACUGCCACGAAUAAUGUUCCGGCAUUUUGCAACGGCGGAGUGCCUUGCGGCAUUUAUCGCAUUUCCCGCCUCUACUGGCAGGACGCCCGGGAGAGGCUUGGGCCACAGGAGGACUCACUUGUGCAGGACUACGAGCGAUGCGUCGUGCAGGACAGCUGUGCCGAAAGGAUUGUCGAGGGCUAUGUGCAGCGAUAUGCCUUUGAUUGCAACGGUGACGGGCGGAUCGAGUGCCGGGAUCACAUAAUGCUGCACUUGCUGGGACCCGGUGGCUGUCGCAGGCGUGUCGAGUGGACGGGGAGGAGCCCGGACAAGUGCCUGAGGGACAAAGGGAUGUCAUAGGACCUGGCUUCGGUUUAUUGUUUCGACUGGAGGCGCUGCAUUAUGGGUCGCCAGUACAGGGUCAGCACUAAUAGGGCCAUGAACUCGUGAAACAGCAGCAGGGCGGCGUACUUGUCAUCGGCCAGCUCUGUUUUGGCCGCCCCGCCGCCCAUUAUGCACUGCACAUGAUACAUGAGGAACUGCAAGUGAUUUGUGAGAGUGGUUAUGGCAGGAAUAUGGAAAUGCCGAGUGCGGCAGGUCCUUACGAGCAGCACCACGACUGCAAUGAGACCCGCGAAUAUGUAGAAGGCCCAAGUCGCCUCGAGGACGGAAUAAAUCACAAUCGAGUACAGGCUCGUCAUGUAGGCGACGGUGGAGAGGACGUAUAGGUAGAGGACGUUCUCGGUCAUGUCCCACUGUAAUUCGGGGCAUUAGUCUUGGCUCUGAUUUCAACAUCACUUACUGGAAGAAAGGCGGCCACUAUGGCUGCUAUUAUGCAGAUCAGACUCACUAACAGCAGGCCGAAUAAGAAUUUUAUGGUUCCAGAGUUGGCGACCAGGGUACUUAGGGAUAGAAUACAACACUCCACCUGUUAGGAUUAAGAAUCAAAUAUCCAUAUUAAAUCCUUGAAAUAUA